UUACUGAAUGCAUGGUGUGCUCUGUCCAAUUCUCGAGUAAAAUGCAGAUAGCAAUGUGGAUUGUACCGAUAAUUCAAUACAUAGCUCUUUGAGGCUACAUGUCAGUUUCGAUAUUUUCGUUGCUCAUUUUUUCGUUACCCAAAUGUAAUAAUAAUAAUAAUAAUUUUAAAUAAAGUUUGAAAAGAAAAAAAUUCAUAUAUAUAUAUAUAUAUAUACAUAUAUAUAUGUAGACAUAUAUGUCGACCAGGAUCAUGGCGGAUAGUAGAGUAUAUUAUUUUGCAUGUCUCGUGAUGGUCUUGGAGAGGGUGAAAAUUAUGGAAGAAGAAGAAUCAAAAUUGAUGGGUAAUUGAGCCCAACAAGUGAGAAAAAGAGAAUGAGUGAGCUCCAUAGGCCGCGUUGGAGGUCAUAGUGUUGCUCAUCGGAUUCAAGUGCAAAUUCAUUAGAGUUGAUUUUUCUAACAAAUCAUCAAAGUUGUUGAGAAACAAGUGGACAAGAGGCGCAGAGGUAUGAUUAGGAAGGCUAUGGUGAUGAAUAGCAGAAUGGCCCUGUGCAUAUUGUACAAUAGGAAUGUAUCAAUCAGCUGAUCAGAAGAAUUCAUACGACAUGUGAAAAUAAUUGGUCAUUUACUACAUUUCUUUCACACGUCGACAACUUUAGAAUAAUCAACACCCCAUUGUUAUUCAACUCCGUGUGAACCUCACAAGACAAACAACUACACGAGGCCUACUACAACUACAACUCCUAACAUUUACCUGGAUAAUUGGAGGAUUUAUUAUUGGUCUCUGGUUAUCACAGGGAAGAAUGGGAAAUAAAAAUAGCUGUUGUGGAUACUCGAGUCCACAGCAUCGGAGGAGAAAAGAACUGGCAAGUGAUGGAGGCGCCAGAGGAUUGGAGGAGCAUCUUCCAGAAGGGGAAUUUAGUGUAACAAAUUUGCAGCACAUCAGUGAGAGAGAACCGGAGGACUGGGAUUCUGAUCCUUCGCUGCAUCCAUGUGCUGGAACCAUUUUUAUGGAGAGAUCGAAGCAAGCUAUAGAAAAUGGGAUGGUGAGAAAGAAGAGCCAGCACCAAUUAACGGAUACGAGACCUCUCAAGAAAAGUAGCAGCUGUAGUACCAUCUAUUUGGACGACAGCACUGUAUCCCAGCCAAAUUUGAAGAAUACCGUUAAAUGUGUGGCUCUUGCUAUUUAUUAUCAUAUUAAAAAUCGAACUUCUCAAAGGCAGAUUGAUAUUUUUGAUGAGAAAGUUCAUCCAUUAACUAGAGAUGGCAUUGCAGACGACUACGACAAGCACAAUCCCGAACACAAGCAGAUCUACAAAUUCGUAAGGACUCUUUUCAAUGCCGCACAAUUAACUGCUGAGUGUGCUAUUAUAACUCUGGUAUACCUCGAGCGUUUAUUAACGUAUGCUGAGAUUGAUAUAACACCUGCCAAUUGGAAGCGGAUCGUCCUUGGUGCAAUUCUCCUGGCCUCUAAAGUAUGGGACGAUCAGGCCGUGUGGAAUGUUGAUUAUUGUCAAAUUCUCAAGGAUAUCACAGUUGAGGAUAUGAAUGAGCUUGAGAGACAAUUCCUCGAAAUGCUUCAGUUCAACAUCAAUGUACCAUCUAGUGUGUAUGCUAAAUACUACUUUGACCUUCGUACCCUGGCCGAGGCUAAUGAAUUGACAUUUCCCAGUGAACCACUGAGCAAAGACAAAGCCCAAAAACUUGAAGCAAUGUCGCGUAUUUAUGAAGACAAAGUAACAACUGAGGUACUACGAAACGGAAUUAAAAAAUGGUCGAGUCUCGACAAUGUGUGCAUGGGUGGUCCGAGGCGUAGCAUCGCCAUUCUCUCCUAAAAUGCCAAAUCUCUUUUUUUUUUAAAUCUUAUUUUAAAAUAUAAUUAAUAAUCGUAUUACUACAAAAGAAAUACAUCGACAUUCCAUCAUUGAAAAAAAAGUAGAACAAGUGUGAGCUAUUGCCCAGAGACAAGACUCUACAAUCAUUGUCUGCCGACAAAAGUGAUUCAACUUAUUACCAAUUCUAGUGAAGUAAACGAAAAAAAUUAAUGCUAAUGAGAUCCGCGGCUGCGAUAAUUCAUGUCAGUGAUACUAAUCGUCCAUAAGUGAAGUGCAUUCACGCCAACUGAUCAGCUUUUUAUUAUUAUUAUUAUUAUUAUUAUUAUUAUUUUUAAUAUUGUAAUGAACAUAUAAUUGAAUUAUUUGCUUUUUAUUAUAGAAAGUACACAUGUUUUAGUCAAUUUUUUAAACUUUAUAUUGGCAUCACAAGUUUCUAUUGACAAUUUAUAAUUAAUAAAUGUUCUGCGAUUCAAUUGGCGCGAAAGAGACUAAUGCAUUGUAAUGAACAAAACUCAUUGUACGAGAUAGAUGAGAUUCGUCCAUUUCGUCUCGAGGCUUUUGAGUCUUAUUGAAUUUUCAUGUAUUUGUAAAAUUAUGCAACUUUAAAGUUGCAUCUCACAAAUUUUAAUUACUCUUUUCAACAAAAAUAUUAUUUUUCAAUGAAUGUAUAGAUAUAAAUAGAAAAAAAUUAUGAAUUAAUCCUCAGACGAAAUGGUCUUGAUUAAGAAAUCCUUUCUCCAUCUGUAUAUAUUUUUAUAAGAAACAAUUUCAGAUAAAUAUUCAAGCAGACUUUAUUAUUAUUUUUAUUGUCAUAUGUUUUAUUCACCAAUUAACAAAUGUGUGCAUAAGUGAUGACAAGUAGAAUAUAAUAAAAUAUUCAUGAAUCAAGAUUAUUAUACUUGAUUAGAAAAAAAAAGUAUAUCGAAACGAUAAAGUGAGAAAUAGAACUAAAAAAUCUCGGAACGUAACGAUUUAUUGCAUUUGCCACGGAGAAUUAUUCUCUCUCAACUUUCCCUUUCUCUCUCCCCCUCUCUCUCUCUCUCUCUCUCUCUCUCUGUAUGAAAUAAAAAUGCAAUUAAACAAUCCGCAAUAUCGAUAUAUCAGUCGAUAUUCAGAAUGCAUAAUGAAUAAGUUGCGCCAAUGUUGAUAUGUAAGGGUUUUUACGUUAAUUUAUAUUCGUGUUAAAGGGUAAAUAAAAAAAAACACAAUUUGUACUUAUGCUGAA